AUGGGAGGAGACGAACAGGACGACGAGGUGGAAAAGACAAACACGAAUGACCCCCAUGAUGGUGAAAAGAGGCAACAUGAGGAGGAUGCCCUUUUCAACGAUAUAAUCCCCCAGAGGGAUUAUAGGAGAAUAGGAACAAAUGUAAUAAAUGAGAAAAUGCUAAUAGAAGAAAUAAGCAAAAGUGGGGGGACCCCUGGGGGAAGGAAGAACCUCACUGAGCAGUUUAAUCAUGCCAAGGUGUUGUCCCUCGAAAACAGGAAGAUUCUCCUCAUACAGAACAUCGACCUUUUUAGCAGCCUGGAGGAACUGCGCCUAGACAACAACCUCAUCGAGGAAAUGGAAAACCUGCAAGGACUCUCGAAUCUCAAAAUUUUAAGUCUCUCCAACAACAAAAUAAAAGAAAUAAAAAACAUCAGCCACUUGCAAAAAUUGUAUGAACUAAACCUCCACAAUAAUCAAAUCGAAAAAAUAGAAAACUUAGAAAAUAACGCAGAAUUAAAAAUUUUAAUUUUAAGUAAAAAUAAAAUAAAGCAUAUGGAAAAUAUAACUUACCUUAGGGUUUUAAGAAAAUUAAAAUUUCUCAACUUGAUGGAUAAUCCAAUAUGCUUAGAGGAGAAGAACCUCUUUAUCCAAGUGGGUUCUACUUUGUCCACUCUGAAAUGUUUUAACAACGUCUUGUUGACGGAGAAGAGUAGAAGUAGAAGAGGAUUUCCUUCUCAUUUGCCCAAGGGGUAUCAAGGUGGGGAAAAUCCCUCUAUGGAAAGCUCCCCCCAACAGGAGAGGGACUCCAAUCAUUAUGAAAAUUACGAAAAGAAAAUCGGCGAAGCGUACUUGUCUAACAUCACCACGCUGGACCAGGCCCUUUUUGACCAAAAAAAAGAGCCUUCUGUUUUUCUCAAAAUUGAUUACUACUCCAAGGUUAAGGAGGACUUUCUGCGCGACGUCCGCCUGAUGAGUUCCACCCUUAUAGACAAAAUCCUCCAGUUGAACGAAGAGCGGAACAAAUGCUCUAGCACUUUCGAAAGCGACGUGGAGAGCUUCACCGCACAGUACAUGAAGAACAACAUCGCGGCAUUCAACCAGCUGCGGAAGAGGUCCAAGCGGGUGGUGCGUUCCCUGCUCACCUUCCUGGGUUGCGAAAAGGACCCCCCUCCCGUGGAACUCAGGAAAUGCCCAGAUACUUAUAAAAAAAGGACCCAGCCAAGUGACCACCAAAUGCUUAACGAGGCGAUUACGAGAAAAGUUCAAAACGUCUGCGCAGAUUUUCGUUUCAAGCGAGACAAUGAUGAGGAGCUCCCCCAAGCGGAUUGCACCAAAGCAGAUCACGCACAGGAGGAUGAGACGCACGGGGUGGGAAACUCCGAACCCGCGUCUGACAACCCCGAGCGGACGGAGGCAAAUGAGAGUAACGCCCUCCUCCUUGAGGGAGAAAAAUACAAAAUUAUAAAAAAGUACAUACAAAAAAAUAUGGAGGAGAAUUUUCUCUUCAGGGACAAGUUAAUAAACGACGAAUUAGCCAACAUGGUUUCCAUUAAUAAUUUUCUCGAAUGCUUCAAAAGGGAGGUCUCGAAAAUGAUAAAACUUAUAAAUGAUCAUAUUUCAGAUUACUUCCGUAAGUUGGAGGAACUGGAGGAAAAUUUUAACUCCAGAAUUAUUAACUUUUUUGCCGAGGUGAAGAACAACGAGCAUCCCUCCGUCACCCUCAGCGAAGACGAAAUAAACGAGUACUACGCAUACAAAGGGAGCCGCUCAAACAUUCUGAACAACCUGGAGGACUUCAUCUCCAGCAGCUACAACAAGGCAGGUAGCUUCCUCAUCGAGGAAAAAAAGAAACACUUAUUUGUAAAGUCCAGGGAUCGCAUUUCAGAGAUUGAGAAAAUCGUUGACAUGUCUAACGAUUUGUUUUAUUCCUACCUCAGUAUUUUGCGCGUCCGUGUCCAAUGA